AACGGGUGCUACGCGAGUCAUUCAAAACCGGCACUAGAAAAUGUUAUCUUUUAUCAGUGAAAAAUGUGGCUUUUAACAUUAUUUACCGUCGUGGUGUCUUUCUUCACCGUACACGGAAAUGAGUACAAUUUCCUCUUCAACGCUACCAAAUUGCCGAAAAAAGCGGUAACUCCAACGCUUGCGAACGGCCAUCUCGGAUUCGUCGUGUACGGAGACUCCGUCCAUCUGAACGGUGUUUACAAUGGUCUGAAGGGCGUAAGUCACCGUGCUCGCAUUCCAAACUAUGCCAACAUUCAGCUAGCAAAUUGUUCAUCACUGCAAACGCACCCGAAAAACUGCCGGUACCAGUUAGAUAUGCGGAAUGGCAAGUUCCGUACGACGUUGGAAGAUCCGACAGGAGGCUAUCGGGUGCAGCACGAAGUGUAUCCCAACAGAUACUUCUCCCAAACGAUCGUAAACCGUAUACACAUUCGAAGACUAAAAGCGACCGGACCUUUGGAAGUGGAAACCCGUCAACUGAUGGGCUCGAAAAGUGUGGAUCUUGUAGAGGUACCAUCGGAAAAGUUCAAUAUUAAAGGCGAAGAGUAUCUGCUCCUGUGCACCAAAACUAAACAGGUGGAGGAUCCCAACUACCAAAAGGAAGGACAUCAGGUGUGCGUGGCGUACAAGCAAGUGCCCCGAAAAUUAACGCUCAAUCCGGAGGAAACAGACCGAGAAUUCGUUUAUUUGACCAUUUUCUCACACUCGAGGCAAGAAGUCGAAAAGGAGCUGAAAGUUCUGCAGGAAAACGACCACGAAACGAUGCACCGUGUUGAGAUGGGCCGGAUGUGGCAAAAGUAUGGCAUCGGUGUAGAAGGAAACGAUCGUUUGGAUCGUGUCAUCAAAGCAAGUGCCUUCUAUCUGUCCAGCUCGCUCCCAUCCCAAUCGUCCUUCCAACCGGGCAGCUAUCCGUUCUACGGACUUUCCCCAUCCGGGUUGGGUCGUGGCGGUAAAGAGCUGGCCGAGUACCAAGGACACAGUUUCUGGGAUACGGAAAUGUGGAUGUUUCCUCCGAUCUUGCUACUGGAUCCGGGAAAUGCACGCAAGCUGCUACAUUACCGUACGCUCGUUACGGAAGCAGCAUCCGAUUAUGCUCGUAGCAAUGGUUACGAGGGAUGGCAGUACGCCUGGGAGUCGGCAUUUACGGGGCGCGAAGUAACGCCGGACUUUUGUCCACAGGUACCGGAAUAUCAGCAUCACAUAACAGCGGACAUCGCAUACGCUGCCCGGCUUUACUAUUACGCGACGGGUGAUCUUGAUUGGUUGCGGACGGAUGCUUGCCGUUUGGUGUACGAAACGGCCCGAUUUUGGAAAAGUCGUGUCGAUUACAAUCCGGACACGGAUACGUUCGACAUUGGGCGGAUUAUGGGUCCGGACGAGGAUCAUCACAAUGUGACGAAUAGCAUCUACACGAAUGUGAUAGCGGCACACAAUUUAUUUUUCGGUGCGUUCGUUGGAUGUCACUGUCGUGAGUCGCUUCCUGGAGCAUCCGAAGAAGAAUUUGUCGAGUUCCUACGGGUUGCUAAAAGUAUCACGCUACCGUACAACGCCCAGUACGAUGUGCACCCGGAGUACAAGGAGUAUACGUUUGGUACACAGAUUAAGCAGGCGGACGUUGUGCUGUUGGGUUAUCCGUUGGAGUUUCCCAUGAAAGAGUCAACGAAAGCCAACAAUCUACGGCUUUACUCCAUGGUAACUCGUCCCGAUGGUCCAGCAAUGACGUGGGCAAUUCACACGAUUGGUCAUCUCGAUUUGAACGAAUUGGACCAUGCGGCGGCCAUGUUUCGCAAGAGCUACAAACAGUACCUACGUGCACCGUUCCACGUUUGGAGCGAAAAUGGUGAUGGUGCCGAUGGAGCGGGUAACUUCAUAACUGGUGCCGGUGGGUUUCUACAAUCACUCAUCAACGGUUACGCUGGCGUACGGUUACGACACGGAAAGUUGGUUAUCAACAAUCCACGGUUACCACCCGGAACGACCAGACUGUUUCUACCGGAGUUAAACUUUGGUGGAGUUAAAUUUACGCUCGACAUAGGACAGAACGGUUUCCACAUAUCGUUUGGCAGUGGGACGCGAGAGUUCUUUGAAAAACUCGCACUGUUGGUGGACGAUGUCGAACGGGAACUGUUCGAAGGAUGUGAAUACACGGGAAGCAAAAACGCAGCCCUUUUGCUACGGUUAGAACGUGAUAGCCAGAUGUCUUCUUCUUGCACGUUGCAGGAUACCGUCCUAGGCAUGCGGCUAGCCGAUCAGGAUGGACGACUAUUUACGACCACACAGCUUAUCAUAAUUUCGCUGACCAUUGGAUUGCUGGGUGUGUUGUACAGCGUUUACGUAGCGCUGCGCAGUAAGCGUGGCCGGGGGAAAGUGACCGAAAAGGAAAUUAUAAGCAAAAAACUUCGAAAAAAGCAGAAAAGUAAAACUGGUAAAUAA